UCUUGGGCUACACUAAAUCAGUGAAGGAACUUUUUUGGUGGCUGGAGCAUCUGCAAGAUGAAAAGAUAACCAGGGGUUUGUGGCAAACAUCCCCCUUCUUCUGUCUGCUUUGGACCUUUGGUGUCCACUGUUUUACUUCUUUUGUUAUUGCUGGAUCCAAAUGACAUUAGUAGAUGAAUGAUGAAGCGUUUCGUUUAUAUUAAUGAUGAUGAUCUAUCACAAAAUAUUUUUUGUGACAACCGCAUAUCUAAUCGAAAAUAUACCUUAUGGAAUUUUCUUCCAAAGAACUUGUGGGAACAAUUCAGUCGGUUUAUGAACCAAUACUUUUUGUUGAUUGCUUGCCUUCAACUGUGGUCACUCAUUACACCAGUAAAUCCAGCUAGCACAUGGGGUCCCCUUAUUUUUAUAUUUGCAGUCUCAGCAACAAAAGAGGCAUGGGAUGAUUACAAUAGAUCUCUCUCAGACAAGAAAGCAAAUGAGAAAGAAGUUUGGGUUGUACGGCAAGGCAUUAGAAAACAUAUUCAAGCUCAAGACAUUCAUGUUGGUAACAUAGUGUGGCUUCGUGAGAAUGAUGAAGUCCCUUGUGAUCUUAUCUUAAUUGGUACUUCUGAUCCACAGGGUCUGUGUUAUGUGGAGACAUCUGCCCUUGAUGGUGAAACUGAUCUGAAGACAAGGGCAGUAGCUCCUGCUUGUAUGGGUAUUGAUUCUGAGUUAUUGCAUAAAAUCAAGGGUGUGAUUGAGUGCCCCAAUCCUGAUAAAGAUAUCAGAAGAUUUGAUGCAAAUAUGAGACUGUUUCCUCCAUUUCUUGAUAAUGAUGUGUGCCCCUUGACCAUAAAAAAUACAAUACUUCAGUCAUGCUACUUGAGGAACACAGAGUGGGCUUGUGGAGUUGCAGUUUAUACAGGAAAUGAAACAAAACUGGGGAUGAGCAGGGGUCUACCUGAACCCAAGCUUACAGCAGUUGAUGCUAUGAUUGACAAAUUGACGGGAGCAAUAUUCAUUUUUCAAAUUGUUGUUGUCAUGGUUUUGGGCAUAGCUGGGAAUGUGUGGAAAGAUACUGAAGCGAGGAAGCAAUGGUAUGCCAAGUAUCCAGAUGAAGGUCCAUGGUACGAGUUAUUGGUCAUCCCACUUCGUUUUGAGCUUCUUUGUUCCAUCAUGAUACCCAUUUCAAUAAAGGUAUCUCUAGAUCUUGUGAAAAGCUUGUAUGCAAAAUUCAUUGACUGGGACACUGAGAUGGUUGAUUUGGAAACUGGGACAGCAUCGAAAGCAACAAACACAGCAAUUAGUGAGGACUUGGGACAAGUAGAAUACAUUUUGACUGACAAAACAGGGACACUCACUGAAAAUAAAAUGAUUUUUAAAAGAUGUUUUGUUAAUGGAAGUUUCUAUGGCAGUGAGAAUGGAGAUGCUGUAAAAGAUUCAAAACUGCUUAAUGCUAUUGCCUCUGGUUCUCCUGAUAUUAUCCAAUUUUUGACUGUUAUGGCAAUAUGCAACACAGUGGUUCCUGUACAAAGCAAGGCUGGACCAAUCUCAUAUAAGGCACAAUCACAAGAUGAAGAAGCCCUUGUGCAUGCUGCUGCUCGCUUAAAAAUGAUUUUUCUCAAUAGGAAUGGACCUGUUCUUGAAAUCAAGUUUAAUGGUUCAAUAAUUCAGUAUGAAGUAUUGGACACUCUUGAAUUCACUUCUGACAGGAAGAGAAUGUCUGUGGUGGUCAAAAACUCUCAAACUGGAAAAAUAUUCCUCCUCUCCAAAGGAGCAGAUGAGGCAAUUCUUCCGUGUGCAUAUGCUGGACAACAAACAAGAACGUUCACUGAGGCUGUAGAACAAUAUUCUCAGCUAGGUCUGCGAACUUUAUGCUUGGCUUGGCGUGGGCUUGAGGAAGAUGAGUAUCAUGAAUGGUCCUUGAUGUUUAAAGAGGCUAAUAGUACAUUGGUGGACAGAGAGUGGAGAGUGGCUGAAGUCUGCCAGAGACUAGAGCAUGACUUAGAGAUUCUUGGAGUUGCUGCAAUUGAAGAUAGACUCCAAGAUGCUGUCCCUGAAACUAUUGAGACACUCAGGAAAGCGGGAAUAUACUUUUGGAUGUUGACUGGUGACAAGCAGAACACUGCUAUACAGAUUGCUCGUUCCUGCAAUUUAGUUUCUCCAGAACCUAGAGGCCAACUUCUACCGAUUAAUGGAAAAACUGCGGAUGAAGUGUGUAAUAGCCUAGAGAGAGUACUGCUGACAGUGAGAAUAACAAACUCCGAGCCCAGAGAUGUAGCAUUUGUCAUUGAUGGUUGGGCUCUUGAAAUUGCCCUUAAGCAUCACCGAAAAGCUUUCACAGAACUUGCCAUACUCUCAAAGACAGCUAUAUGUUGCCGUGUUACUCCAUCUCAAAAAGCUCAGCUUGUGGAACUACUAAAAUCUUGUGAGUAUAGAACACUGGCAAUAGGGGAUGGUGGAAAUGAUGUGAGGAUGAUCCAACAAGCUGAUAUUGGUGUUGGCAUAAGUGGGAGAGAAGGACUACAGGCUGCUAGGGCAGCUGACUAUAGUAUUGCAAAAUUUCGGUUUCUGAAACGACUAAUACUCAUCCAUGGACGGUACUCUUAUAACCGGACUGCAUUUCUUUCCCAGUAUUCCUUCUACAAAUCCCUUCUGAUUUGUUUCAUUCAAAUUUUUUUCUCAUUCAUUUCAGGUGUCUCUGGAACUAGCCUUUUCAAUUCUGUCAGUUUGAUGGCUUAUAAUGUGUUCUACACAAGUGUUCCGGUUCUAGUCAGUGUUCUUGACAAAGAUCUCAGUGAAAGAACUGUAAUGCAGCAUCCUCAAAUACUGUUCUACUGCCAAGCUGGAAGGCUUCUCAACCCUAGCACAUUUGCUGGAUGGUUUGGUCGAUCUCUCUUUCAUGCAAUUGUUGUCUUUGUCAUUACCAUACACUCUUAUGCCUUUGAGAAGAGUGAGAUGGAGGAGAUGUCGAUGGUGGCACUUUCCGGAUGUAUUUGGUUGCAGGCAUUUGUUGUUGCAAUCGAGACCAAUUCCUUCACAGUAUUGCAACAUAUUGCCAUAUGGGGAAACCUCAUUGCAUUUUAUAUUAUCAACUCGGUUCUAAGUGCCUUACCAUCAUCUGGGAUGUACACAAUCAUGUUCCGGCUCUGGAGACAGCAAUCUUACUGGAUCACCAUCUUUCUUAUAGUUGCAGCUGGAAUGGGUCCAAUACUAGCCCUGAAGUACUUCAGAUACACAUACAGAUCAAGUAAAAUCAAUAUACUGCAGCAGGCUGAGCGUUUGGGAGGGCCAAUCAUGUCCUUGGGACCCGUAGAGCCUCAGUCUAGAUCCAUGGAGAAAGAUAUGGUUCCUUUAUCAAUUUCUCAGUCCAAAAUCAGAAGCCCCGUGCACGAGCCCCUUCUUGCAGACUCUCCAAACGCAACAAGACGUUCUUUUGGACAGGCCACACCAUUCGACUUCUUUCAGUCACAAUCCCGGUUAUCUUCAAACUAUACAAGAAACUCUAAGGACAAAUGAUAAUUGAUACCCCAUUCUGAAGAAGGGUUUCUUUAUUUAUCAAACAUUUACACAUCAAUACCAUACCAUACCGUAGGGGGUCAAGAUGUUGAGUCGCUUUUUGGACAAUCGGCACAUACAAGUGUCCCUAUACACUUGUAGGCUAAUCUAAUUAUACUGUUUAGAUUUUUUUU